CCACCCCACCCCCAGCCGGAAGGGGCGCGCGGGGCGGUUGGCCGCGGCCGGGGCGGCGGCCGUUGGCUCGCUGAGCCCGGGCCAGGCCGGGGGAGGCGCGUCUGGCCAGGAAACGGCCACCAUGACCAAGGACUCGCCUAGCCAUCCGGGCUGCCGCGCAUCAUCCAAGAAGGCAGGCGGCCCCGGCCCGGCCCCCGCCGCGGUGCUGGAGGAGCAACGGCGGGAGCUGGAGAAGCUGCGGGCCGAGCUGCGGGAGGAGCGGGCGCGCGGGCGAGCCGAGCGGCGGCGCUUCGCCGCCCAGGCGCGCCAGUUGCGGGAGGCGGCCGAGCGGGAGCGGCAGCAGCUGGCUGACCACCUGCGCUCCAAGUGGGAGGCCCAGCGGGCCCGGGAGCUGCGGCAGCUGCAGGAGGAGAUGCUGCGGGAGCGCGAGGUGGAGAUCCGGCAGCUGCUGCGCUGGAAGGAGGCCGAGCUGCGGCAGCUGCAGCAGCUGCUGCACCGGGAGCGCGACGGCGUGGUGCGCCAGGCCCGGGAGCUGCAGCGCCAACUGGCCGAGGAGCUGGUGAGCCGGGGCCACUGCGGCCGCCCGGCGGGGCCCGACACGGCCGCGGAGCCGUGUCGCUGCCGUCUGCAGGAGGUGCUGGCGCAGCUGCGCUGGGAGACCGACGGCGAGCAGGCCGCGCGCAUCCGCCACCUGCAGGCCGCGCUCAACGUGGAGCGCCGGCUCUUCCUCAAGUACAUCCUGGAACACUUCCGCUGGCAGCCGCCGCCGCCGGGCUCCCAGCCGCCCCCGACCGUGCACGCCUCGCCAGGACCCGCCCCCGAGCUUGCGGGGGACUCCGGCGGCCUCUCAGCAGGCUCCGGAGCCAAGCCCCUGCAGGGGCGCUCCCGCUCGCUCGACGCGGUGCCCACGGCCUGCGCCCCCCGCGCCACGCACGGCUCGCUGCCCACCCGCCUCGCCUCCCUGGACGCCUGGGCGCCACCGCGUUGCCAGUCUCUAGACAGCACCCUGAGUUACACCCCAGCCCCUCGGUCAGAGGGAAGGGCCUCGUCGUCGUCGUCGUCGCCGCCCACCUCGCCAGCCGCCUCCACCCCUGGCUCUCCAAGCCCCCCGCCGGCCCCGCCUCCGCCGUCAGCACUGGAGCACCGGGACCCCGGCGAGCAGCAUGGGGGAGACUCCGGCAGCCAGUCCCGCGACAUCCUGACCCCCUCGCCCACCGAGCUGGGCCGCCAAGAACUGGUGCGGCGCAACUCGGAGCUGUCGGAGGCGCUGCAGGUGCUGGCGCGCCGCUGUGCGCACCUGCACGAGGAGAACAUGCAACUGAGGCGGGCGGGGUCCCCCGAGCAGGCCAGCGAGAAAGUGAGGCGGCUCAAGGGGAAGCGCGCGGAGCUCACGGGCCUGGCGCGGCGCCUGGAGGACCGAGCCCGCAAGCUCCAGGAGACCAGCCUGAGGGCGCUGAGCGCGCCGGUGCUGGGCGAGGGCUCCGGCGGCGCCGAGCUGGGCCAGCUGCUCGCCCGCCAGCGCGCCCGGGACUUGUCGGAGCAGGCGAGCGUGCUGCUGGCCAGAGACAAGCAGAUAGCGGAGCUACGGCAGGAGUGCCACCUGCUGCAGACGCGCGUCGCCUCGCACCCUGACGGGGUCACCCCCCACGCGCAGUGGCUUGACGUCAACGACCUGGACCGGUUGCAGCGGGAGUCCCAGCGGGAAGUGCUGCGCUUGCAAAGGCAGCUGACGCUGCAGCAGGGCGGCGGCCGAGGCUCCGGCGGCGGUGGCGGCGGUGGCGGCGGCGGCGAGAAGGAAGAGGAGGCGCUGCGCCGGCGCCAAGCCCUGGAGCGCGAGUGCCAGCAGCUGGAGGCCGAGGCGGCCGCAGCGCGGCUGCGUGGCAGGGAGGCGGAGGCGCAGCUGCAGGCGGCGCGGCGGGAGGGAGCCCUGCUGGCUCAGGAGAAAGCACGGUUGCAGGCCCAGGCCGACGUGAUGCGCAAGGCGGCGGCAGAGCACAGCGACGUGCGUGAGCAGCUGGGCCGCGCGUGCCAGGAGCGUGACGCCGCGGGGCUGCUGGCGCAGCAGCUGCAGCAGGAGGCGGCGCGCCAGCAGGACCGACAGCAGCAGCUGCAGCACGACUUGCAAAAGGCCCUGCUUGAUCUCCAGACCGCCCAGGAAGAGGUGCAGGACCUGCGGAGGCAGGUGGGGCAUCCUCCGCUGGAAUCCUGGGAGACUGCCCCAGCUCUCGAGUCCCAAGACGAGGGUCUUGGAGGCACCCGGUUCCUGCCAGGGAAUGAACACCAAGCACUGACAAGGCUCAGCGGAGACCACCUGAAGAAGGGCGACGCCUCCCUGAUUGAGUCCCCUGAAGCCCCACAGGAUCCAGCCAGCGUCUACCAUAUGCCAGGCAGAGACCCAGCCAGCCAACCUCUGGACUCCACCAGGCCACAGGCCAAGAGAGCCAGCUCCCAGUCCAACUCCUCCUCAGAGGUGGACUCCAUGUGGGCCACGGUGCCAUCCUGCCCUAUUCUGGACAUGGACACAGCCAGUGAGGUGGACGACCUGGAGCCCGACAGUGAGCCCUCUAGCUUGGAAACAAGGCACUCAGAGACCUCCAGCACUCCAAAGCUGAAGAUUUUCCUGGUCAAGUACAACUACAACCCACUCGAAGGGCCCAAUGAGCAGCCUGAGAAUGAGCUACCACUCACGGCUGGGGAUUAUAUCUAUAUCUUUGGGGACAUGGAUGAAGAUGGCUUCUAUGAAGGGGAGCUUGGAGAUGGCCGACGAGGGCUAGUGCCCUCCAACCUGGUGGAAGAGAUUCCAGACUUUGAUGUCUUGGGCUGCCUGCCUGAUGAGGAUCCCGACCUUGGUCUUUGUCAUGGCGAAGAUGAGCAAGGUGAAGCUGUAAAGGAAGAUACUCAACACAGCUUAGUGGCUGGGAAAGCCCAAGAAGAUGUGGAUAGGGGGGUGUGCCAGCUGGGGAGGGCAAACUUCCAGACAGAAGUGCCCAUGGAGAUUGCAGAUGCCAAGACAGAGGCUGGCCAGCGAGCCUCACUACAGAGUGUGGAGGAGAAGGGCUUCUUCAGACCCUUUCUGGGGGACAAAGGGGUCCUUCAUGUGACCCCCAUGCAGCUGCACCUGCAAAGUGUUGCUGCCACCUCAGCCGAGAUCACCUGGACUUACAGCAGCAAUGGCCACCCCCAUGUGAUACACCUCAAUGACCAGGAGCAUGCCCUGACUCCAGCGGGUGUGAACUGCUAUACUUUCCAACACCUGGAUCCCGGCACCCAGUACCAGGUGUGGGUAGAGGUGCAGCUGCCACGGGGCUCACUGCAGGCACCCUGGACAAUGACAUCUUCCACUGUCACCUUCACCACACCCUUGGCAGGACCCCCUGACCCUCCACUGGAUGUGCUGGUGGAACACCACACCUCACCGGGCCUCCUGGUAGUCAGCUGGCUCCCUGUGACUAUUGACUCAGCCGGGUCCUCCAAUGGAGUCCGGGUCACUGGCUACGCAGUGUAUGCAGAUGGGCUCAAGGUUGCAGAGGUGUCUGAUGCCACUGCGGGGAGCACCCUGUUGGAAGUCUCCCAGCUUCAGAGGCCCCUGACAUGCCAGAAGGUCUCAGUGAGAACCAUGUCACUUUUGGGGGAGUCCCUGGACUCGGUGCCAGCUCUGAUCCCUCAGGACUGCUUCACCUGUCACCAGCUGCUAAACACCUCUUCUCCCUUUAGCUGCUACACUUGUGGUGACCUGUCCACCUGCAGAAUCACUCUCCCUGUCUGCCCUCAGAAGCUGGCAUCAGCUCUCUUGAGUGCCAGGGCCAGCCUCUGCACCCCUGGAAGUUGUGGGGAACCCCAGGCCGAGUUCCUAGAAGCACUUCCUGAAGAACCUCCGAAGAGGCAGCCCCUGAUGUGCAGCCUAAGUUCAGAAAGAGAACAUCCAAGUGUAAGUUCUGGCAGCCAGAGUCCAGGGCUUCCAGAGGCCCAAGGGGUCAGCAGAGAGGCCCCACUAUUUCACAAGAGUCCCCAGAACCAGGAGCCAUCCCUGCCCAAUAGCCAGUCCAGGGGGGAUGAAGACCACUCUCAGCAUGUGGGCAGGAGCCAGUACCUUGCUCCAGGAGUCACUCACCUGUCCCCUGAGUGUGAGUCUAGAAAAGAAGCAUGUCAGGAAAAGGUCCUCAGGCAAAAGCAAAAUGCUCCAGCAUCUGCUCCUCCCCACCUGGUCACUAGCCAACAAUACCUGUGUGACAUCCCUGACAUUAUACAGGAAAAAGAAGGUGUGUGCUUUAGCCUGUGGAACACAAAGUUGCAAGAGCAGAGAAAGGGGCUCAGGACCCAAACUCUGGGGGGCAGGAGAGACUGCCAGCUUGAGGAGCUCAGCUUGGGAUUGCAACCAGUUCCACUCAGCAAAGACCUUAAUGUACCCAAGAACAACACUCCACUUCUGGAACUAGGGGCAGAUGCACCAGUUAGGGUCUUUGUAGCCCUCUUCGAUCAUGACCCCCUAGAGUUGUCUACCAGCCUCAAGGCUGCAGAGGAAGGGCUGGCCUUUCAGAAAGGGCAGUUGCUGAGAGUAUGGGGCUCUCAGGACCCCCAUGGCUUUUACCAUGGCGAGUGCAAUGGACAAGUGGGCAGCAUCCCUGGGCACCUGGUGGCUGAGGUGGAGGUGGGCACAAAUCAGACUGAGGAGAAGAGUCAGUUGUCUUCACAAGGACACCUGCCCUCUGUGGUCUGUAUUGGUGACUUUGAGGAACUCUCCAGCUGUCCGAGCCCCUCUACCAUUCCCCCAGGGGACCCCAGGAGGCCCCCUCUGUGGACUCCAAAGACCAUGGUGGCAGCUCUGGACUAUGACCCCAGAGAUGGGAGAGCUGGAGGUCAGGUGCAGGACAAGCUGUCACUGAAAGCAGGAGAUGUGGUCAUCGUCUAUGGGCCUGUGGAUGACAUGGGAUUCUAUUAUGGGGAGUCGGGUGGCAACUGGGGCCUGGUCCCAGCCUACCUGCUGGAUCACAUGACUCUCCAGGGAGAGUGAGCAAGGCUCAUCCACAGGGUGGUAUCCUCUGGCCUCUAUGCCCUGCCAGAGGAGAAGCAGCACAUGGACCCCAACACCAGCACCCCAACCUCCUCACCUCCAUAAGCACCAUUUGCUCCAAGCAUCGUCGUGCUCCACCAGUGAUAACCCCAGGUGUCCCCUAGCCUUUGUGAACAGCAGGGCAGAAGCAGGAACCAAGCAGUUUCCAGAACAUUAGGGCAAACAGCCCCUGAGAGUUACACAGGCUGGGGAAGCGCCUCACUCUGUGCUUAGUAUAUGCGUUUUCUUCACUUUAACAUCAUGCAUCCAUUGCUUGUAUGAAAGUCUCAAGAAAAGCCUGCCUCUUAAAAAAAAGUGACCAAAUGUUAUUUUUCUAUCUUAUAUUCAGUCCUCCAUUAAAAUGUUCACAGAAAACAGAAGAAAAUUUUAGAAGUGAAAGCACAACCAGGGGCCAGAAGGUGGCACACCUGGUUGAGCAUACCUGUUCCCAUGUUCGAGGACCCGGGUUCAAGCCUGCAGGGGGGAAGCUUCACAAGCAGUGAAGUGGUACUGCAGGUGCCUCUUUCUCUCUCUGUCUCCCUCACUCCUCUCAAUGUCUCACUCCUAUCAAAUAAAUAAAUAUUAAAAGAAAAAAAACAAAACAGUGAUCUGAGAGGUGGCACAAUGAAUAACGUGCUGGACCCUCAAGUAGGAGCUUCUGAGUUUGGUCCCCAAUAGCACAUGUGCCAGAGUGAUACCUGGUUCUCUUUCUCUUGCCCUCUCAUAAAUAAAUAAAUAAAUAAAUAAAUAAAAUCUUUAAGAGGAGAGAAAAGAAAACCAAUAGUGAAUUACAGUGGCUCAGGAUUAUUAGAAAGACA